AUGACGGUAUCAAAAAUUUUCCUGUUACUGUCGUUUUUUGCAUGUACGUGCAAAGGCAGCAACGUGCUGGUGUUCUUUCCAGUGCCUAGCAGAAGUCACAGCAGCUUAGGCAAUUCCAUCGUGAAUAUUCUUCUCGACGCGGGACACCAGGUAACCUGCGUGACUCCCUUUCCGUUGAAGACGAACCACACGAGAUUGACAUAUACGGACAUAAGUUCCGUAGUUCAAGAAGCAACUGACUCCGCGCGCAUUAACGUCGCAGAGCUGUCUAAACCAAAAGGAAGCCACUGGGUGCUGCCUAUGGGGUAUAACUUCGCAAGUCAGGCGUUACGUCAUCCUGCAGUCCAAACGCUGCUAAAAGACACCAGUAAAACCUUUGACGUCAUUAUCGCUGAAUGGUUAUACUCUGGGUUACUCGCACCGUUGGCGGCAGUGUACGGAUGUCCUUUAAUCUGGUACGCCUCCAGUGAUGUAUCCUGGCAGUCGUUGCGCAUGGUGCAUGAAGCCAGUAGUCCAGCGUACAGUGUCGACGCCCAAUCGCUGAGGGUACCCGCAUUACCGUUCACGAUCGGUGACAAGGCUCACCAACUGAUACUGCAAGUCUAUCUUAGCGCUUGGAUAUACUAUUUCACAAACUAUGUAGAACUACCCGCAUACCGAGAGAUAUACGCAGACCCGCUGCAGCUGCGUGGGAAAACUCUACCGGAGUACGAGUCGCUCGUAUACAAUGCGUCCUUUCUUCUUAUUAAUUCCCACCCACCUCUCGGCCAGAAUAUUCCAUUGCCUCGCAACGCUAAGUAUAUCGGAGGUCACCAUAUAGGUUUGACUCGGAAACCACUACCAAAGGACAUGAAAAAGUUACUUGACGAUUCCAAGAAAGGAGUGAUCUAUUUCAGCCUGGGAUCCAUUUUACAGGGCAGAGAUUUGCCUGAACACAUGAAACGCGAACUAAUCGAGUUUUUUGGACAAUUGGAGCAAACCGUGCUGUGGAAACUUGAAGAACAGCUAGCUGGCCUACCACAGAACGUACAUAUAUUAGAUUGGGCACCACAAGAUAGUAUUUUAGAGCACCCAAACACGGUCCUCUUUAUCUCGCACGGAGGUCUCAUGUCCGUUACGGAAGCAACACAUCACGGUGUGCCAAUUAUUGGGAUUCCAAUGUUUGGAGAUCAGUUCGUCUGCGUGGAACUUGUUACUCACAGGGGCUGUGGGAUCAGGGUUGACUUCAACAAUGAACUGCCUUCGAAAAUUCGGGAAGCGGUAAACGAAAUACUAGGUAACCAAAGCUAUAGUAUCAACGCGAAGCACGCCUCUACAAUGUUCCGACGGCGUCUGGUUUCACCGCAGAAGGAACUGCUACACUGGGUCGAGCUAGUAGCUGACACGCGCGGUGCUGCCUUCCUCCGAUCUCCCGCUGUGGACAUUUCAACAAUGCAAAGGCUGAAUUUGGAUAUCCUACUGGUGAUAGUACUGCUGGUUUGGUUCCUGUCGAAAGUUAUAAAAGUGAUCAGAGCUCAUCUCGGUGAUCUAAGCGCGACGAAAAAUUCGGUGAAGAAAAAUGAAUGA